UUGCUUUUAUCUUUAUUAUUAUUGGGUAACACGGAAGUCAGCUUCUGGUCUUGGGCUUUGAUUGGAGUAAACUUUCAAUGGGCAGUUAACGUUGCCUCGCGGUCCCUGAAGUGCAGAACGGGAGGGCGUAUCAUCUGUGACAGCGACGUAGGAGACUCCCAACAAACUGUCAAAAAUAGUCAACAAACGAGCCAUGGCGGAGCUGGACCUGAGUCUGAGCGACGCGCUGAUGGACGGAGGCCCCGCCCCCCAGGAGGGCGUGGUGGAGAGGGACUUCCUGCAGGAGCUGGAGGCGGAGCCUUACGACGACCAGGUGGGAGAGACGGUGGGCAAGACGGACUACACCCCCCUGCUGGACAACACAGAAGCAGAACAGCCCUUGAAUGGUGAGCAAGAUGUUCAGAAGCCUGGUUCUAAGGUGACACCGGGGGGACCCAUGUCUGUGUCGCGCCCAGAGCCACAGGGGGAGGUGAGACCACACUCUGCAGAGCUGCCCGGGUUGAAACAGGACUUCCUGUCUGAUUUCUCCCAGCAUGCCGUGGGGGUGAACAUGGCCGGGGGGCCCGGGGGGGCGGCCCCCCUCCAGGCAGAGAGGCCUGGGAGCGUGGCAGAGCCCCAGACGCCCUCCCGGGGGCCCCAGUCCCCCGGAACACCCCUGGAUCUGUCUGCAGGUGAUCUGAGUGACAGAUGGCCAGACAACGCCAGCCUCCCCUUCUCCCCCAGCGUCUCCACGGUGAUCAGUCGCCAUGCCAACCAGCUUGCGGCCAGUCCGGAGGACCCCCAGGACUCGGCCUGGCCCCCCAGGGAGGGCUCGGGCCCGCCCGCAGGGGAGGAGAGGGAGGAAAGGGAGGAGGGGGGUGGAGGGGACCGCAAACAGAAGAAGAAGAAGAAGAGGAGGGCUAGGGAGGAGCAGGAGGAGAGACCUCACAUGGGAGCCCAGAGGGAGGAAAGCCUCCACAGGGGCUCCCCCCGCAGGGACAAGGCCGGGGAGGGGGGCUGGGACCCCGAGGAAGGCGGGGGCAGAAGCGGAGAGCGGGGGAAGAGGGGAAAGAGCAGGAAGAAACUUCCAGAGGAGUGGGGGGUGAGUGCGGAGCCCUUCGUCCCGGCGUCCCAGCUGUCUGGUCUCCAGCCUGGCCUGUUCUCUGAACACCCAGACGACAGCCUCAUCCCUCCGUCUCUCACUCGCGAUCUCCUCUCCCUGACGGCCGCCUCACCUGCCGCGGCUCUGACCUCUGACCUCCAACCCACUGCCGCCCCCUUCUCCAUGCCACCCCCCCAGAUGGGCUGCUUUCCCCACGCCCCCCGCCCCGACGAGCCCUUCUCCGCCAGCUACCACCAUCUGCUGGUGGACGGAGAGAGGGCCAGCCCUGGGGAAGUCACAGAGCCCUUCCCUCCCUCCUCCCCUCCCUCCUUCUCUCCCUCCUUCUUUCAAGGUAGUGAGAAGGGAGCCCAGUUUGAUCUCAACUCCUCCAUCACUCAGCCUUUGAUGCAGGAAGUCUGUACGGACGAGGACCUGGUCUUCGCCCCCGACUCCACCCCCCUGGUCUCCAUGGAGACGGCCGGGGAUGUGGUGGUGGCCUCGGCCCCUCCCCUCACCCCUUCAGAGGCCUCCUGGGUGAUGAACAGCUCCCUCCUCAGCAGCGACGGCCAGCUGUUGGACUUCAGCAACUCCAUGUCUCCCGGCCGCGGCCCCCCUGGGGGGCUGGCCUUCAACAUCCCCAGCCCCGCCCCUCUCCGAUCCCCCAAAACCACCCCGGAGAGCCACACCCCCAAACCCUCCUCCCAGAAGAAGAACCGCUCCUCCUCUUCCUCCUCCUCCAACAGCCUUGCCUCCAAGAAAUCUCCUCCCUGCGAAUCGCCAGCCCUUAGCCCCUCCUCCCCACCUAGCUCCGCCCUCAACCCGGCGGCCAAGCCGUUCUUCCCCAACUUCGGCGAGUCCCUGGGGGGAGACCCUGCUAUGGAAGUCAUCAAAUCAGAGAAGAUGGACAAGCCUGAGAAGGAAGAGAAGAUAGACACGUUUGACAUGUUUGAGAAUCUGGACCAGGUGGAGACCAAGGGCGUCACGGUGAAGUUUGACUCUGCGAUGGGAGAGAAAACACAUGCUACGGAGAAGAAGGAGGAGGAGAGGAUGCACAAUACUGAGAAGGUGCUAGUAACAGAGAAGUCUGGUGUGGUGCAGAACGUUGACCUGAUAGAAAAAAUUGACAUGGCAGAGAAAAUCAAAAAGAUGGAUAAAGAUCAGAAGAUGGACAAGGAAGAGAAGAAGGACAAUGAAGAGAGAAACGUAGAGCAGGUAGUAGAUCAAAUGGAGAAAGUACAAAGUUCUGUCAGGGUCGAGGAGGCUCCGGGGAAACCUGAAACAGCCUUCAAGUCGGACGCGUCCGACCCGAGGAAGACACAGCCUGAGGAGGAGAAGAAGGUUGUCGUGGGAACUGCAGGAGAAGACAAGAAACGGGAGCCUGACAAGGUUGAGAAGGAUCUCAAAGACAAGAAACCAGAGGUGGACCAGCAAGUGAAGGUUGAGAAGGAUCUGAAAGACAAGAAACCAGAGGUGGACCAGCAGGUGAAGGUUGAGAAGGAUCUCAAAGACAAGAAACCAGAGGUGGACCAGCAAGUGAAGGUUGAGAAGGAUCUGAAAGACAAGAAACCAGAGGUGGACCAGCAGGUGAAGGUUGAGAAGGAUCUGAAAGACAAGAAACCAGAGGUGGACCAGCAGGUGAAGGUUGAGAAGGAUCUGAAAGACAAGAAACCAGAGGUGGACCAGCAGGUGAAGGUUGAGAAGGAUCUGAAAGACAAGAAACCAGAGGUGGACCAGCAGGUGAAGGUUGAGAAAGCGGAGGACAAGACGAGUGCUGAGAAGAAAGAGAAGACAGCUAAAGCUGACGGCGUUGAGAAGGCAAAAAAGACGUCUAGUAAGCCCUCAACCAAUGGGAGCAGUGCUGCACUGAGCAAGGACCCGCCCAGCCCAGACAAGAAGCCCAAGACUGUUGCCGGGACAACUAAACCAAGCGCCGCCGCAGCCAAGCCCCGGCCGAGCUCGGCGACAGUUGCCACAACGACCGCCCCCAAGCGCCCCGCCCCCUCCUCCACCUCCGCUGCCCUCGUAAAAAAAAUGCCCGCCCCCAAGGCGUCUGCCCCGCCCCCUGGCACCAAAAAAACCUCCACCGCAGGGAGCCGCCCCCCUUCCGCCACCCUGGCACCCCGGGACGUUAAACCCAAGACCCCCACAGAGAAGCGCCCCUCAGGGCCGUCUGGCAUCGCCCCCCUUCCCUCUCGGACCGCCACGGCGACCAAGAACGGCACCGUCACCACGGCGACCGCUAAAGCUGCUACGUUGACUCGCGCUCCGCUGGCCUCUCGCACGGCCUCCAGCGCCACAGCCAAGCGGCCCCCGGCCACAAAGACCAACAGCAAACCAGGAGAGGACACCAAACCUGGCACCCUGAAGACAACAACAGUGGACUCGGCCCGGCCCAGGCCCAGCCUCGCCCGUAGCUCCACGGCCUCCAGCCCCUCCGGUCCCACCAGCCGUGCCCGCCCAGCCCCCAAGCCCGCCGUGCCCGCCUCCUCCACCGCCACCGGGCCGGACAGGAAGCCCCCGGUGCCCCGUGCCCCCCGGCCCAGCACCACCGCUGGCACCGCCCCCCGGCCCAGCACCGCCCCCGCCCCGGAUGUCCGCAACGCCCGCUCCAAGAUCGGCUCCACCGACAACAUGAAGCACCAACCUGGAGGGGGCAAGGUGUCUGGUGCUUUGGGUAAGACUGACUCCUCCUCCAAGGAGACCAGCCAGGGCAAAGUUCAGAUAGUCUCCAAAAAACUGGACUUCAGCCAUAUAACGUCUCGUUUGGGCUCCAAGGACAAUAUGAAGCAUGUCCCUGGAGGAGGGAAAGUUCAGAUACUCAGUAAGAAGGUUGACUUGAGCAAAGUGACGUCAAAGUGUGGUUCUAAGACCAACAUCAAACACAAACCAGGUGGCGGCGAUGUCAAGCUUGAGGCGCACAAAGUGAACUUCAAGGCCCAGUCCAAGGUUAGCUCAACGGAUAACCUCAAUCAUGCACAAGGUGGUGACAACGCCAAGGCUGAGGGGAGGCAGGACAUGGCAGAGGGGACGGGGGCUGCACAUGGGGCUUCCCCUGGUCCGGCCCCAGCCUCACAGCCAGGGCAGCCAGCCAGCCCGGCCCAGGAGAAUGGGCUGAAGGAGGGCCCGCCCUGUGGGAGCCAGGGCCUACAGGACUCACUCAUCCCAGAGACAAAUUGAGUCCUUCAAGCUCAACUUCUCACACGGACCACGGCGCUGACAUCAUUUCCUGGCCUGCCCCGGAAGACUGCCUCCCAAUAAUCCACGCCCGCCCCCCCCAUCAACGCUUCCUUUCCCCCAAGGACUUCCUGGCUAGCGCCAGCUCCCCCCACCCCCCCCCAUCACUGGAGCCAGGGGGCAAUACUUACAAGAACUAUACUCAUAACCCCUACAUCCCUCACCCCCACCCCAUCAUACCACCUUUAGCAUCUCCUCCAUGCCCCAUCCGAUGACAGGAUCAUGUCAUGUUUACUCUCGUCUCUCUCCUGCUGUCCUGCAUCCCCUGGCAGCGAGGCUGACGUUGUAAAUGUAACAAGAGCAGGGUGAGGAACAGGGGUUGAGUGUUGGUUCAGAUGGAUCGCUCUGCCCUGGUGAUGGACCGACCUGAUUCUUUUUCUCCACACCUUAGAUAAACAACAACAACAACGUUCAUGUAGAACAGCCCCCCCCCCAACCCACCCCUCCUGCACCCCACCCCUCCUGCCCCCACCCCUCCUACACCCUCCACC